CAACAACCUGUCCAAGAACCAGCAGCCAAAGGACAAGACAAGAGACACAACGAAAGGAAAGGAACCAAGAGAAAGAUCGAGAAGAGAGGAGCCUUCGCUUUUGGACUUGCACCGUCGUGAUCUGUCCCGCGACCACAUGAGGAUCCACCCAGCAUCCCCCACCGCCGGCGGCAAGAAGGACCUCCGGCGCCUGCCGCACGUGUACAGCAAGGUGCUGGAGCUGCCGCUCCCGGCGGACACCGACGUCCAGGUGUUCGAAGGCCCAGACGCCUUCCACUUCGUCGCGGCGCCGGCCGCCGGUGCGCGUGCCGCCGCCACCGUGCGGGUGCGCACCGUCAGGAUCCACCCCGGGGUCACCAAGGUCGUGGUGCAGGCCGGAGCCGCCGAACGGGCCGCUGACGACGACGCCGCCAGCGACAGCAUGGAGCUCGACAGGUGGCGGUCCCGGCUGCCCGAGCCGACCUGUCCGGCCAUGGCGGUGGCCGGGUACGUCGACGGCCAGCUCGUCGUCACGGUGCCCAAGGGCCCCGGUGCCGAGGAAGGCGCCGACGCAGGGCAAGGCGAGGUUACCUGGAGGUGCGGCGGCGGAGGCAAGAUCACUGGAAGACUCGUGGUUGUACAGUAGGAGCGUCUAAUCUAUGUACUACUACUCCAUAGUAAUGUCUUGCCAUCUUUCUUUCUUUUUUUGGUAAAUUAAGAUGGGCUAGCUGUUCAUCAUGUUGCCUUCCCCUUCCCUGCUUCGCAUCAGAGACAGUCAGACAGGCGAUGUUUCAUGAGCU